UAGGCGAGGAACCGGCCGGGCCGGGGUGCGCGCUUCUUCCUUCCAUGGUUCAGACUUGAGCGUGGUUUCGUGUCGUGCAGGGUCAAAUUCCAAACGCAUUCCAGGUCGUCUGUGGCGUUUCCACCGCCCCGCGUUGGCGUUGCCAUCCAUCAUCAAAUCAAAACCAGAAAAAAAGGAAACAACAACGAAUCAGCUCGCCAUUCCCGGAGUCUGUCUGCCUGCCUGCCUUGGAGAGGGAGAGAAAGCCGAAGAUGAGGCGGCGCCACCACCACCACCACCUUCCCCUGCUCGCCUGCCUCUUGGUCCUCGCCUCGGCCGCGGCAUCGCCGGCGAAGGCCAAGCCCCCUUCUGCCUCCGCGGUCGCCCCGGCCAUCGCGGUGGACUUCGUGCGCCGCUCGUGCCGCUCGACGCGGUACCCGCGCGUGUGCGAGAGCACCCUGGUGCCCUGCGCGCCCACCGUGGGGCGCAGCCCGCGGCGCCUGGCGCGGGCGGCGCUGGUGGUGGGCGCCGACCGCGCGCACAACUGCUCCGCCUACAUCCGGGCCGGCAAGGGCGCCAUGGAGGACUGCGCCGAGCUGGCGCGCGACGCCGAGGAGCGGCUGCGGCGGUCGGCGGCGGAGAUGGAGCGGAUGGGGCGCGCGGGCACCCCGCGCUUCGCGUGGUCGCUCGCCAACGUGCAGACCUGGGCCAGCGCCGCGCUCACCGACACCGACACCUGCCUCGACUCGCUCGCCCAGGCCCGCGGCAAGGUGGACGGCGGCGCCGUCAAGAGGCGGGUGGUGGCCGUCGCGGAGGCCACCAGCAACGCGCUCGCGCUCGUCAACAGGCUCGACCCGGCGCCGCACCGCCUGCUGCUGUAGCUCCAUGACGAAAUCUUUCCUUCUUCAGCCCUCCUCCUCCAUGUCCGAUCCGAUCGCCCGUAUCUGCAAUCUGUAUGAUUGAUGGAUCGGUCUCAGUGAUGAUGAUGGUUGAUGACGAUUAAAAGCUAGAGGGCGCCCAAUUUAAUUUCCUGCUUCUUUGUUCCUGUCUGUGAGGAACUUUUUUUUUGGCAGUUUAUCCGCUUAUGGUUGCUGAAAUAAUCCAAGCUGUGAUUAAUCUAAAUAUCUUGGCAUUGAAUUGGUGGCUUCAA